AUGUCAUUCCUACCUACGCUCAGAGCGGCAGCUCCAUCAUCCUCUGCUAUCCAAACACUCGCGAAACCGUUCCUGUCUUCUCGAGUCGCGCCCAGACGUUAUGUGCAGUUGCGAAACUUAUCAUCAACCUCAACUCAACAUGCAGCUAAGAUGUCCAAGUCGCGAUCCGUACAAGAUGUAGAGAGAGAAUUGGAGGAGCAGAAACAGAUGCUGGCUAGGGCGAGUAGGACGAAUCCUGGUAUGGAUGUGGGUGUACAAAAUUUACCUGUUUUUGAAUCAUACGUAGAUCCCCAGAAACCUGUCUGGUACUUCGCGCCUUAUACGGGUGAUCGGACGUAUAAGGAGGAGAGGAAAGAACGAGCAUCCUUGACUAGACAAUCGCUCAACGAAAUUAUCAAACGAGGUGCUCUACCGCCAUACCAGAAUGACAUGCGACGAAGUGCCCCAGACGCAUGGAGACAAUUCAUGCUAUGGACUAGAAGACAGAAUUAUUUCAAGAAAUCGAUGAUCUACUUUAAUAAGAUGUAUCAGGAUUAUAUGAAGAUACAAGCUGAAGGUACGAUAGGACAGGCAUCUGCCAUAUCGAAAGAUAAUGCUCUGGCAGCUGCUCUCAAUGUUAUUCGAGGUAGAAAAGAUACGAUGUCAUGGGAAUUGAUCAAAGAGAACCGACCGCCUUAUUUGGUUUCUAGUAGGAUGACGGUAGUCGAUCCUAGGGAUAUGAAGAUGGCUGCUCAGGUUGUCAUUAGGUUUGAUACCCAGCAGGCACUCACCACCCAGAAGAAAGGUCAACAACCCAUAAGACGAGAACAGAGGGUAAUUGAAAAUAUAAUAUUCGAGAUUUUCCCGGUGGAUAUUACGUGCGAUUGGAAAGUCAAAGGUAAACUGAUCGAGCAACAGGAAGUGAAGAAGGACUAG